CAACACGAGCAGUGCCUCCUACGGCUACAGGUACUAUCCUCUUCCUCUCUCUCUCUCUCUCUCUCUUAUAUUACACUACACACAUCUCUCUCACCCCUCUCUCUUUCCAAACCAAAAGGGUUAUCUCAAGAAGUGGGAUUAGCACCCUUUUUGUAGCCAUGAAAGUGAUGUUCUCAGCACUACUCCUUUUGCCCUUCUGAUAAAGCCUGAACUUCCCCUAGAACGGUCUCUUUUGCCCAAUUUGACUUCAGAUAUGUUUUUCUUUUCUCGGGACACGAGUUUUCCCCCCUCCUCCGAUCAGUCUCUGUUGCUGCUGCCAAGAACUAUAAUAAUAUAAAUCCCCCACGAAAAAGCUGAGUUCUCUUUUCCUCUCGCACCCAAUUUCAGUAUUUCACCCACAACUUGGAUCGCUCUUCCCAAUGGCAAAGGUACCCACUACUACUACUGCUAGUCAGGUCCCUUUCUCUCUUUUCCCUCUUCCAUGAUUUUGUUUUAAUAUCUAAAGAAUCAUCUUCAAAAUAAAUAGGACUGUCAUUGAUAAUAAGUAAUUAAAAUUAAAAUAAAACAAUCUUAUGUUGGAUGAUUUUUUUUAUUAAUUCAUUCCCCUUAUUAUAUCUGCUCCAAGAAUUUGUCAAUUGUUCCCCAUUUCACCCUUUCUCCCUCCUACCCUCCACAUGACGCAAUUCACACCCCCACUUCCUCCUUUGCACCACCAAAUCACAUCCCUCCUCCCAAACCCUAACAUGAUGAACAAAAACCAAAUCCCUAGGCCUAGGCCUUGGCCUGCUUCAGGCUUCCCUACUACCUCCAAGGCCCUUUCCAACUUGGGCGACGCGAACUGCAUGGAACAGUUACUUGUUCACUGCGCCAACGCUAUUGAAACCAACGACGUAACCCUCGCACAACAGAUCCUUUGGGUGCUUAACAACAUAGCCCCCCAUGAUGGCGACUCCAAUCAACGCCUCGCCUCUGGCUUCCUCCGCGCCCUCACUGCACGUGCCGCCAAAACCGGCACGUGCAAGAUGCUCGUCUCCGCCGGCACCAACCUCUCCAUCGACACGCACAGAUUUAACAUCAUUGAGCUCGCUAACUUCGUCGACCUAACCCCGUGGCACCGCUUCGGCUUCACCGCCGCCAACGCCGCCGUCUUGGAAGCCACCGAAGGGUUCUCCGUUGUACAUAUUGUGGACUUGAGCUUGACGCAUUGCAUGCAAAUUCCCACACUUGUCGACGCCAUCGCCAGCCGCCAGCACCACGACGCGUCGCCGCCGAUAAUCAAGCUCACGGUGGCCGACGCUUGCUGCAGGGACCACAUCCCUCCCAUGCUCGAUCUCUCCUACGAGGAACUCGGCGCCAAGCUGGUGAGUUUCGCUCGGUCGAGAAACGUGAUCAUGGAAUUCAGAGUGGUUUCUUCGAGUUAUCAAGACGGGUUCGCGAGUUUGAUCGAACAUUUAAGAGUGCAACAAGAACAACAACAGCAUUUUGUUUAUGCAGCAGAACCUAGUACUCCGAGUGAGGCUUUGGUUAUAAACUGUCACAUGAUGCUUCAUUACAUCCCCGACGAAACCCUAUCAGAUACAACAGACUUAACCUCUUAUGUCUACGAUUCUUCUUCUUCUGCUGCCGUUAGUGUUACUCCCACUUCUUCACUGCGAUCACUGUUCCUUAAGUCCCUGCGAGGUUUAGACCCAACGGUCGUGAUCUUGGUCGACGAAGACGCGGAUUUGACAUCAAACAACUUGGUAUGCAGACUAAGAUCAGCAUUUAACUUCCUAUGGAUCCCUUACGACACCGUGGACACGUUCUUGCCGCGAGGGAGCAAGCAGAGACAGUGGUACGAGGCAGACACAUGCUGGAAGAUUGAGAAUGUGAUUGCACACGAAGGGCUUCAGAGGGUGGAGAGGGUAGAACCUAAGAACAAGUGGGAGGAGCGAAUGAAGAAUGCGAGUUUUCAAGGGGUUGGUUUCAGUGAAGACUCUGUUGCAGAAGUGAAGGCAAUGCUCGAUGAACAUGCUGCUGGGUGGGGAUUGAAGAAGGAAGAUGAACACAUUGUGCUCACUUGGAAAGGACACAAUGUAGUCUUUGCCUCUGCUUGGUUACCUGCUUGAACAUCAUUGAUUUGUACUCUAUCAAUGAAUGAAUAACUGACAUUAUUAUUCUCAUUAUUAUUUUCCUAUUUAGUAGUCUUUUUGCUAGCUAGCUAGUUAGUUGCUUUCUUAAAUAGUUACAUUGUACUUUUUAAGAGUAAAUAAGUAGAUCACGAGUUAUUUGUAGGUCUUUGUCAUGAUGUUUUAGAUAGUAUCAAUUAAUGCAGGUGUUUUAUAUUUCAAUUCUUAUAA